AUGUCCAGCUCGUUGGGUUCGCCCUCAAACAACCCCAGCGACCGACCACAGCUUCAUCUCUCGAUAGCUCCGGCAACGACCUCGUUCAAGCGUUCCUUUGAACAAUUUGGAUUCGACUUGGAUAGUCCGGUAGGAGGAGGAACUACAGGCUACAGGGAGAGGGCGGAUGCGGGUGGGGAGGCCAGCGCCACGGGGACCACCACAGGCCGUAACGACCGCAACAAACGCGCGAGGAGUGCAAGCAGUUUAUCAGACGGUAGCAACAGCAGUGAUAGGGCGUCGUCGUCGUCGGGCUCGUCCUCGAGGGAAAGGACGAUUGCCAGUAGCAGCAACACGAGUCUCAGCGUCGAGUCUGAACCGAGCAAUCCUUAUCCGUCGUCCUCGACACUCCCAUCGAUGCCCAGGAAUGCUGCCUCGAGUUCACGGUUAUCCCCAGAUGGUUUGGCCUUCCAAUACCUGCCCGGGCCCACCCUCCCGCCACGCAUUCCGACCCCAGAGCCUGUGGGCGUUGACAUGGACAUAGAGAUGCUGCCCCCUACAGGUCCAGAGCCAGCACCAUCCUCGGCUCACCCUUUAUCCCCUUCACAAACAAUAGCAUUGAGCCCGUCAACAUCGACCAUUCUACCCCUUUCAUUGCCACUCCCACACCCACCAGCGCUACCUCCUCUAAGCACGGAACUCGACCUUGACACUGACCUUGACCGUAGUUCUGGGGACGCCACCCAAGGCGCUGCGAUGGUUGGUCCCUCGUCACCACCCUCUCGGAACCACGAGUCCAUUUUAACUAGCACACCGCAGUCCAUUUCAAACUCGACUUACGAAACCGAAAAUGCCGACCUGACAAGGAAUCUUGAGCGGUUCAAUGCAUUCGACAGCCAAAUUGACGUGCUCAGGCGCACCCCGUUACAGGGCUCUGGAGGAUCCCGUCGCUGGAGCCUCGCUCAGUCGCCGAGGGAACCCACUCCUCCACCUACUCUCCCUCCACUGGAUUUGGACUCGCCGCGUCAACAUGAAUUCAAUCUCAGCCCUCGUUCCAGCCUGCAAAUGACACACCACCGGAGGUCAUCAUAUUCGGCAUCAACGUCCGUGUCAACGUUGUCGUCACCCUCGUACUCGACGUUUGCACGCGCUGCAAGGCCCGCAGGUCGAUCGAGUGUCAGCCCAUCUCGCCAUCGCCCGGAGAUACAGCCUUUGGGGUCUAGAACGCCUGCUUACCUUGACGUCCCGCUUAAUGUGUUCGAGCCCCCAUUGAGCGAACUGGUGGAUGUACCAGGUCCUUCCACUCGCAACGACGCUGAGCGAUCACCGAGACCAACUAUCCCAAGCCAACCUCCGACGUUGCCACCCAUUGCGACAACAAACCCGCCACCCACACUACCCCCCAUCGAAACAAAUUCGACUGUCAUAUGGGACGCCGAGGAGGAAUCUCAGGAUAACAAUCUGUCCGUUGGUUCAGACCCAGCUUCCACCGGCGAUGUCCGAUUACCUGCAGGAGGCAAUGAACCCAGCGCUCCACGGGAUUUUGGCUUGAAUCUGGAUAUUGAUUUGCGAAGCCAUGCUCCACCGUCACCUUCCCUCACUGACCUGAGACGCUGGAUCGACAAUGGAGAAACGGUGGACUCAACUGCGGAAACGAGGCCAGCAUCAUCCCAUUCGGCCGCCUCCGUCGGGUCAGGGAGGAGCGGAGGGUCGGCGAGCGCUAUCAGCAAUGGGACUACUAUGGCAGAUGCUAGGACGUCGAGGAUUGGGUUCGGGCGCCGGGACUUCGUAUCCAUGCCAGGGGGACUUGGUUUUGGGAGCGGGAACCUUGGAUCAUUUGAUGACCUGCCGCCUUUCACCUCGGAUGGUAUGAUCAAUACUAGUGCUACCGGAACAACGCAAACGCUUUUGAUUGGCAUCGAAGACAAGCGCUGA